ACUGGACUGCAGUCCCAUCAUCAAAGAACAUCUUUGGAUCCAGCCCAUAGUGUUUGUGCUUGAUGUUUGUGCUGGCUGAUCAUCAUGUCUUUGCAGGAAAUGAAUUUGAUUCUGCUUCUAUUGUUCCUCCCGCAAGCGAUGGGGGGAAAAGGGUCCGCUGCCAACGCAAUUGAGGACACUCCUGCGGGAAAGGCUUUCUGUCGGAGGAAGGUGGACUCUGAGGAUGAUGAUGAAGAUGCACAGGUCACCAAGGAGGUCUGGCUAAAACUAGAGGAAGCAAAAGAAGUGCAGUGUCUAAGGGGGAGGCCAAAUGGAGUGAGUGCUGCUGCUGUACUCAUGGGGGAGAAACUACAAGAAGAAACGACUCUGGUGGAUGAUCCCUUUAAAAUAAAGACCGGUGGAAAGGUGGACAUGAAGAAACUGAAAGAACGGGGCAGGGCCAGGAUCAGCGAAGAAGAGGACCUCAACCUUGGGACUUCUUUUGCUGCAGAGACCAACCGGAGGGAUGAAGAUGCUGAUAUGAUGAAGUACAUUGAAACCGAGCUGAAGAGAAGGAAGGGAAUUGUGGAAAAUGAGGAACAGAAAGUGAAGCAGAAGAACCCAGAGGACUGUCUGUAUGAGCUGCCUGAGAACAUUCGGGUCUCUUCAGCUAAGAAGACUGAGGAGAUGCUGUCCAGUCAGAUGCUGAGCAGUAUUCCAGAGGUGGACCUCGGAAUUGAAGCUAAGAUAAAAAACAUCAUUUCUACCGAGGAGGCCAACGCGCGAUUGCUGGCUGAGCAGCAGAACAAAAAGAAAGACAGCAGAACCUCCUUUGUCCCAAUGAACAUGGCCGUCAACUACGUCCAGCACAACAGAUUUUAUCACGAAAAGCUGAAUGCACCAGUAUGGAGAAACAAAGAAGAGCCCAAAGCCCAUCCCCUCAGGGUGGGAGACACUGAGAAACCAGAACCUGAGAGGUUCCCACCGAAUUGCAAACACCCCCCAGAUGAGAAGUUCAAGAAGAUGAACCGGCGGUACUGA